AUGACCAACAAUGAGGAAAGGUGGCUUAGGGACAAAAGUGUCAUUUGCUUAUCAGGCAAGUGCUUUCUUUCAAAGGGUUGCUACUUGCUAGUGCUCUCCACCACCACCACCACCACCGCAGAUUCUGGCUGUGCACCUGUAGGCAGUGCCACCGCCGCCGGGAUGGUCAAAGCCCGAUUUCAUAGGAGGUUUCAGAUAGUUACGAAAAAUGGUUCAGUCUGGACAGGAAGGAAGAAAAUGGGAGAAAAGUGGCUGGCCAAGACAUCAAUGUGCAAAGCUUUCGACGGAACCUAUGUUCAUGGUGGCAGCAAGCUGAGCAAACUGUGCUCCGAACUCGAAAUGAAACGUAAAGCUAUCACCAACGAACUGUUGAGAUAUUGA